AUGAAGGGAGAAGUAAGUGGGAAGGGAAGAAAAGACGGACGGGAAGAAAGGGGACGGGAAGAAAGGGGACGGGAAGAAAGAGUGGGAAGAAAGAGGGACGGGAAAAAGAGGAGGGGAAGAAAAGAGGACAGGAAGAAGACGGAAGAAAGAGGACGGGAAGAAAGAGGCCGGCAGAAAGAGGCGGGAAGAAAGAGGACGGGAAGAAAGAGGACGUGGAAGAAAGAGGACGGCAGAAAGAGGAAGGGAAGAAGAGGACGUGAAGAAAGAGGACGGCAGAAAGAGGCCGGGAAGAAAGAGGCCGGGAAGAAAGAGGCCGGAAGAAAGAGGACGGGAAGAAAGAGGCCGGGAAGAAAGAGUACGGGAAGAAAGAGGACGGCAGAAAGAGACGGGAAGACAAGAGGACGGGAAGAAAGAGGACGGGAAGAAAGAGGCCGGGAAGAAAGAGGAAGGAAGGAAAGAGGACGGGUAGAAAGAGGACGGGAAGAAAGAGGACGGGAAGAAAGAGGCCGGAAGAAAGAGGAAGGGAAGAAAGAGGACGGGAAGAAAGAGGACGGGAAGAAAGAGGACGGGAAGAAAGAGGCCGGGAAGAAAUAG